AAACAAAGAGCAGAACUCCAGAAGAAGAAGAAGAAGAAGAAGAAGCGGAAGCGGAAGUGGAUUCCUUUUGUUUUGAAAGAGGGAAAUUUAAAAACUGGACGAAACCGAAGCAGCAACAAAACAGAAUAACAGAAUAAAGCUCCCGUUCCUCCCGCAGAGUCGCGUCACACCAACAUGAAGAAGAAGAAGGCGAGGAUGUCAAAGGUUGCAGACGCCGGCAGCAACCAGGAGGAGUGCUGUGCUCUCUGCAGGCUCAGUGGUGAUGACCCGGCCAUGUUUGGGGAAAAAGUCACACUAAAAGAGCACAAACUGUCCGUGCACUACUUCUGUUUGCUGACGUCGUGUGGAGUUUAUCAGCGAGGAGACGAGAACGAGGGCGUCUUUGGUUUCCUGGUGGACGACAUCAAACAGGAGAUCCGCCGCUCGGCUCGACUGAUGUGUAGCGGCUGUAAGAAGAAGGGAGCGUGUGUCGGCUGUAAUGUCAGAAGCUGCAGGAGGAUGGUCCACUUCCCCUGUGGGAGGAAACACAACUUCAUCUCUCAGUUUACCGGACUCUUCCCGUCCUACUGUCCAGAUCACAGUCCUACUCAGUCCCUCUGUGUGGGUUUGGACCUCAGUCUGCCUCAGUCCUGCUCCGUCUGUCUGGACUCCAUCGAUCCGGUCCUGAGCUACUCCGUCCUCAAAUGUCCGUCCUGCCACACCAGCUGGUUCCACAGGGACUGUGUGCAGCGUCAGGCCCACAGCGCCGGCCUCUUCUUCUUCAGAUGUACUCUCUGUAACAACAAGGAGAGCUUCCAGGAGGAGAUGCUGAGGAUGGGAAUAUACAUCCCAGAGAGAGAUGCCUCAUGGGAGUUGGAGGCAAACGCGUAUUCAGAGCUGCUGGAGGUCUACAUGCGCUGCGAUGCUCUCACCUGCCUCUGCAGCGACGGACGGACGCACUCUGCCAAGACGGGUUGGUUUGAGGUGAUUCGCUGCCGGCUGUGUGGCUCCAGAGGGACUCACAGGAAAUGUUCUGGGCUGAAGUUGGACAGCAGAAACUGGGCCUGCAGCGACUGCACACAGACGACUGACGGAAGAGCCUCCCUGGUUGCGUCUCCUCUGGGAGGACGGAGGAGGAGUCUGCUGUCCAAACGCCACCUGUCCCCCAUCAGCUGUAAGAGACCCUCAUUACCUGCUGGAUCCGGAUCACCUGAGGGGAUCCUGCAGGCUCUGGGCCCUCAGCUCGGUCCCCUCAGCGUGCAGGUGGAGGUGGACGGGGAUCAGGCUCUGUCUGCAGGGGUGGAGCUGGUGAGGAGGGCUGACUUCGACCCCACACGCACUCUGUCCGUCAGGUUCAAAGACAACCAGCUGACUGCAUUUCCCAGCAGCCUCCAGGACAGCGACAUGGCCAAGCAGUACUUCCUGAAGUUGCUGGUGCAGCAGAUCCAGGACUCCGUGGUGUUUGAGGGUCCAGACGGAUCCAAGAACCUGGCGCUGGACUCUCAGGCUCUGCGUGAGGACCUGUACUUUGACGUGGGCUGCCUGCUGGCUCUCUCUCUGGCUCACGGCGGUCCUCCAGUCGCCUUCUUCUCUCACGCUCUCUACCGAUGUCUCUUCAACUACCCGCCCAACCGCCCGCUCACCGUCACGCACAUGACCCCCGACACGCACCUCACCCACCGAGUGAGCCGGAUCGCAGAGGCGGAGUCUGUAGACGACCUGAAAGAAGUCAUGGCGGCCAGUCGGGAGUACCUGGAGCUGGCCGGCUGCAACCGACCAAUCAGCAGCCUGGAGGAGAGAGAUGCUCUGGUGGAGGACCUGGUCAGCUUCACUUUGAUCACCAGGAUGCAGCUUCCACUGCAGAGGUUUCGGGAGGGCCUGCAGACGUUGGGUGUCUUUGAUCAGGUGCAGCGCUUGCCGGCGGUGUUCAGCGGUGUUUUCUGUGAGGCGGCGGAGCGGCUCUCGGCUCAGACCGUCGGCCGGGUCUUCUCCGUCCACUUCUCGCAGCAGGAGGACAGACGGAGCAGAGAGACGCCCGUCUCCACCUUCUGGAGACGCUUCCUGCUGGACUGUGAAGUUGGGAGGAGCUCCAUCUCCCUGCAGGACCUUCUUCUUUUCACCACAGGAGCUGAGGAGCCUCCAGCAGCCGGCCUCCUCCCUUCUUCCUCCAUCUCCUUCCUCCACCCUGUUGAGGGGGGAGGAGGAGAGAGGAGAGUCAGAAGAAGGAGGGAGCCGUUGAGGGACGAAGGCCUCUUCCCUCAGAGUGAGCCCAGCUCCAAACGCCUCCUCCUGCCCGUCUCCUCCUCAUACCAGGCCUUCAAAAGCUCCAUGGAGCAGGCCGUCAGCCACCACGUGCACCUCCUCCCCACACCCAGUUAGAGGAGGAGGAGGAGGAGGAGUACUUUAUUACCUGCAUGUUUUAUUUCCUGUUGCUUUGCCCGUUGUCUCUCUGCUCUCAUUUCACAUCUCAUCUUCAUCACUAUUGAAGAAGAUGAGUCAAAUGUUUUAAAAACCAAAACCUACAAAUCUGAAUUCUGCUCUUAAACAUCCAGCUGGGAUGUGAUAUAAUGAAUACAUCACUGCAUCAUGUUUUUUGUAAAUGGAUAAAUAUCUUUUAUGCUUUCUGACUUUACAACUUUAUCACAGGAGUUGCUUUUAAUUCAGACAAAUUUUUAUUGUACAUAUUUUGUAUUUUUAAGCUUUUAAUGAGGGAUGCACCGUCAGCAAUACCUGAGCUGAAGGUGUUCUUGUUCAGUGUUUUUCAGUUCAAUUCAAUUCAAUUUAUUUUAUAUAGUCCAAAAUCACAAAUGACAGAAUUUGCCUCAGAGGGCUUUACAAUCUGUACACAUGCUUUUAUACAAAUGUUUUAUUAUUGAUCUGUGUGUCUCACUGUGUGGAGAGACUGGAAUCAUUGAUGUGCGAGACAACAUCUGGCCUGAAACACCUGCUUUACUAAUGUCACAAAUAAAUCAUAGAUAUACAUUUACUGAACUGUUAUUUAUUAUCAGUAUUAUGAAUCAUGCUCCUGUAACUUGGUAAAAACUAUUCAGCAUUAACAUGAAUUAUGAUUCAAGUGAAAGUCUUUAAAAUGCAUUAAUAAAUAGGUUUAAAAUGUAAACAGGGAAUUAAAAUGAUAGUAUAUAGAUAGAAUAUAAACAUAUUGAAUUGAAUAGACCGGCCUGAUAUCGGUAUUCGUAUCAGUGCGUCCCUACUGUCAACGAUUCUUCUUCCUCAUGAGAUUUUCUGCUCGUUUGUCUUGUUGUCUUUUGUUUUCUGGAGAAUGAAAAUGUAGAAAGCUGCGUCCUGAUUGGCUCAAAUCCCGUCUUCUAAAAUGUGUUAAAAUGUUUUCUGGCCUCCUUAAAGCUCAGCGUCAACCUAAACUUAAAAUCACAGGAUUCUAACAAUUCGUGCCAUAAAUCUGCUUUAAUUUUCAAUAUCUUUACAAGGUUUUUUUUUUAUGGGGUUUUACAACAUUAAAUGAAUCAGAUACCACAGAGAGGUCGCCCAUAUAGUUUUUAUAUAUAAAUGAAUGGAUGCCUCUCAUUUCAAUUGGUCAAUUUUAAGGAUUGUUCCUCUUAAAAAAAAAAACUAUAAAUAUGCCGAAAAUCAGUCAAAAAUAUGGUUAUAUAUUUUAAUAUCGAAGUCAUUUUACAGCAAUAAUAAUACUCUGUUCAGUUCCUGAUGAUCAGUUUAUGGAUUUCUGUCAUUUCUUUUUCUGUCCUUUUCUUAAA